AACCCCGGAAACGUUGCAGCGGCCCAGGCUCGGCUUUUGUGGCUGGGGGUUGCUGGCAGCGACGUCUCCCGGGCCGUCCUUAGUGGCCCUGGGGCAACAGCCCGUCGUUUCUGAGGAGUAGCGGCCGACGCCAGGCUGUCGCCGUCAUGCACGACGCCUUCGAGCCGGUGACGAUCCUGGAAAAACUGCCGCUGCAGAUCGACUGCUUGGCGGCUUGGGAAGAAUGGCUCCUAGUUGGGACUAAACAAGGACAUCUUCUACUUUACAGAAUUAGAAAAGAAACUGGCUGCAACAGGUUUGAAGUCAUAUUAGAAAAAUCAAACAAGAACUUCUCCAAGAAGAUACAGCAGAUCCAUGUUGUAUCCCAGUUCAAAAUUUUGGUCAGUUUAUUAGAAAACAACAUUUAUGUUCAUGAUCUAUUGACCUUUCAACAGAUCACAACAGUUUCUAAGGCCAAAGGUGCAACUCUUUUCACUUGUGAUCUGAAGCAUUCUGAUACUGGAGAAGAGGUCCUUAGAAUGUGUGUGGCAGUGAGAAAGAAGUUACAACUUUUUUAUUGGAAGGACCGAAAAUUCCAUGAGCUGCAGGGAGAUUUCAGUGUGCCAGAUGUACCUAAAUCGAUGGCAUGGUGUAAAGAUUCAAUAUGUGUUGGUUUCAAAAGGGAUUAUUAUCUAAUAAAGGUAGAUGGGAAGGGGUCGAUUAAGGAACUAUUCCCUACAGGAAAGCAGCUUGAGCCAUUAGUAGUCCCAUUGGCAGAUGGCAAAGUUGUUGUAGGCCAAGAUGAUCUAACUGUUGUGUUGAAUGAAGAAGGAGUCUGUACGCAGAAAUGUGCCUUCAAUUGGACAGAUAUCCCAAUAACCAUGGAACAUCAGACUCCAUACGUGGUCGCAGUAUUGCCAAGAUAUGUAGAGAUUCGUACGUUUGAGCCCCGUCUCCUGGUUCAGAGUAUUGAAUUAGAUAAGCCACGCUUCAUUACUUCUGGAGGUCCUAAUAUUGUAUAUGUGGCCAGCAAUCAUUUUGUUUGGCGCCUCAUUCCAGUUUCCAUUGCAACCCAGAUUCAGCAGCUCCUCCAAGAUAAACAGUUUGAAUUGGCUUUGCAAUUGGCGGAUAUGAAAGAUGAUUCUGACAAUGAAAAACAGCAACAGAUCCAUCACAUUAAGAAUCUUUAUGCCUUCAACCUUUUCUGCCAAAAGCGCUUUGAUGAAUCAAUGCAAGUCUUUGCUAAACUUGGGACAGAUCCCACACAUGUGAUAGGUCUCUAUCCUGAACUGUUGCCCGGUGAUUACAAAAAACAGCUCCAGUAUCCAAAUGCAGUGCCAAGUCUCUCUGCAGCAGAGCUAGAAAAAGCACACCUAGCACUUAUAGAUUACCUAACUCACAAACGAAGUCAGUUAGUGAAGAAGCUGUAUGAUUCUGACCAUCAGUCCACUACAUCUCCCCUCAUGGAGGGAACUCCUACCAUCAAAUCCAAAAAGAAAUUGAUACAGAUAAUUGAUACUACACUGUUGAAAUGCUUCCUCCAUACAAAUGUAGCCUUAGUGGCACCAUUACUGAGACUGGAGAACAAUCAUUGUCAUAUUGAGGAAAGUGAGCAUGUGCUCAAGAAAGCUCACAAAUACAGUGAAUUAAUCAUACUAUAUGAGAAGAAAGGUCUCCAUGAAAAGGCCUUGCAGGUACUAGUAGAUCAGUCCAAGAAAGCUAAUUCUCCCUUGAAGGGCCAUGAAAGAACUGUUCAGUAUUUACAACAUUUGGGAACAGAGAACUUGAAUUUAAUAUUUUCCUAUUCGGUUUGGGUACUUAGGGAUUUUCCUGAAGAUGGAUUAAAAAUAUUUACAGAAGAUCUUCCUGAGGUAGAAUCCCUCCCACGAAAAAGGAUUCUGAACUUCUUGUUAGAGAAUUUUAAAAACCUCACCAUUCCUUACUUGGAGCAUGUAAUUGAUAUCUGGAAUGAGUCUGGUUCAGAGUUUCACAAUUGUCUGAUUCAGCUCUACUGUGAGAAAGUGCAAGGCCUAAUGAAGGAAUAUCUCACUUCUUUCCCUCCAGAUGAAACACCAGUGCCAGCUGGUGAGGAAGAGGGGGAGCUUGGAGAAUACCGGAAAAAACUUCUUUCCUUUCUCGAGAGUUCCAGUUAUUACAAUGCUGAGCAACUCAUCAGUGACUUUCCCUUUGAUGGUCUCCUAGAAGAACGUGCAUUGCUCUUGGGACGGAUGGGAAAUCACGAGCAAGCUCUAUUUAUAUAUGUUCACAUCCUGAAGGACACCAAGAUAGCUGAAAAUUACUGUCACAAACACUAUGACCGAAACAAAGAUGGCAGUAAAGAUGUGUACUUGUCUCUGCUCCGAAUGUAUCUUUCACCACCUAGCGUUCAUUGCUUGGGACCAAUCAAGAUGGAACUCUUAGAGCCACAAGCCAAUCUUCAAGCUGCAUUGCAGGUUUUGGAACUUCAUCACAGCAAAUUGGACACUACUAAAGCAAUAAAUCUCCUUCCAGCCAAUACUCAAAUUAGUGAGAUCCGAAUAUUCUUGGAAAAAGUCCUUGAAGAAAAUGCCCAAAAGAAGCGAUUCAAUCAGAUACUUAAAAAGCUUCUCCAUGCUGAAUUCUUGCGAGUGCAGGAAGAACGGAUUUUACAUCAGCAGGUGAAAUGUAUAAUCACAGAAGAAAAAGUUUGUGGUGUGUGUAAAAAGAAGAUUGGAAAUAGUGCCUUUGCCCGGUUUCCUAAUGCAGUUGUUGUGCAUUAUUUCUGCUCCAAAGAUGUUGGCUCAAUGGAUACCUGAAAGCAUUGCCACUCAUUACAUGAACUAGAUGGUUACAAUGGUCAUAUGGCAAGAGAAAGAACAUUUGAUAAGCAGUUUGAUUUCUCUAAAGAAUCUUCUGAGGCAUGUUGCUUGCAAAGAGCUUGAGCCCUCCAUUGCUUCACUGGAUGAUUUCUAAUUUGCCCAGCGUGGACUGAACAACAACAAAAAAACUGGUUUAAACUAUAGUUAGAUACACUUAGUGGCAGGUUAACCUCAUAGUACUUCAGUUUGAGGAAGAAUGCAAACUAAAUAUGUAAUGGCUUGCUGUUACACUCCAGAUUUAUAGGAAUUCCUAUUAAAGGAAAACUGAUGCUAAACAUUAAUGACAGGAGCAAAAGCAUUUUUGGUACAAGUCAUCAUUCAGAUCCAAGUUGAGAAAAAAAUCUUAUAUUUUAUCAGUGUUGUAUUAAAAUCUACUUUCAUCAGCCAUUUGGAGGCAGGUACUACCAAAAAAGGCUAUACUUAGAUUUCCUUUCCUUCUGAUAUUGGAAAAAAGGUAGAUACUGAUAAGAAAACUUUGUAUCUGAAGAGAUCAUCAGCAGUAAUAGUUCCAAAGGAACUAAUCUCAUACAAUAUGAUCAGAGUUGGUACUUUUGGUUUAUUUUAUUUUUUUGAAAAUACAAAUGGGCUUACUAUUUGCACUGUGUUUUGUCACUAACAUUAUGAACGUAAUAAAAAUGGCAACAGUUUUUGAAGGAAAACUAGCACUUGCACUUUUUACAGAAAAGAGAAAAAAGUGAUCUUUUGAGAUUUUAAAGAGGGCAGGUUUUCAUAUUGCUGGAACAUCUGAUCUCUGUUUAAACACAACAUUGUAGUGAAAUAUUUAAGCCUUUUGUGCACUUCCCCCUUCAGGUAAAAGCAGACGCUUAUUUAAUGUCAGUAUUUUGAAUUUCUUAUACCUGUUCAGAUUGGUGCUCUUUGGUUGCUUGAUGUACCUAAAUCACUUUUUUAUGUUGGAAGAAACUGCUUACUGUUACAUACUGGAGUUUAAAUCUUUGUUGUGAAGGGAUAAGGUUGGGAGUAUUCACAUAAAGAUAAACUCAGGAGCUAAAUGUGGAAUUACUUCAAUUUAGUUCGGUGUUGUUUUACUUUAUUGUAUUUUGUAAAAUUGAUAAUGCAAUUGUGGCACAUGAUCCAUUUACUGAGCUGGCCUAAAAUGUAAGGAUGGCCCAAGAAAAGUUGGUUAAGAUUUUCUUUUUAUAAUGUUUGAAUUUCAGUUAUAAUAUAUGCUUGUUAUGGUUAGAAAUGAACAAGGAGAAAUUUAGAACAUAAUAUACUGCAAAAACAGCUUGGUAUUUUGUAAUAUUUGUUUUCCUGAUAACCUUUAUUCUAUUUCCAAUGGAGUCAAUUCCAGAGAGCAUAUCUCUUUCUGAUUAUGUGCAGUUAAUUCAAUAUUACUGCAGGUUUUAGGAUUCAUUCAUUUGUAAAAUUAAGUACCAUUUUCAAUGUGUGUGUGUGUGUAGAACAAAGUAAUUAUCUUCUUCACAUGGAAGAAAUACAGAGCUAUUGGAGCAUUUAUACUCAAAAACCUUUAUAAAAUAGAGCAGAUAACUCUUUGGAGAUUAACAAAGGACAAAGGACAAUUAUUGCAAAACAAAUUAGGAGCUUUGCUGACCAUUCUGACACACUAAAGUGUGUUUGCUGCCAAGAAAAUAGUGAGCCACUGAGGCUUCUGGUAAGUAUUUUGUUUUUCCUUCACAGCAAAGUUUUUAUGUGCCUUGGCUCAGCUUCCUGUAUCCUUGGAGGAGAUGUUGCUUGUGUUUUUAUUGCCUGCUGGUAGCCUUGUAUAAGAAUAUGGGACUCACCAAUUGUACAGCGGGCUCCUUUGAAGCAAUAAAGUAUAACGUUUUGAGAAAUUGGCACUGCUAUCUGUUUUUCCCUGUAUUUCCUGUUUGAAAUCAGUGGUGUGUGUAAGUACUGUCCAAGAGUUUAGUGUGAAAUAAGUAUUGUGCUGAUAGUGAAGUUCUAAAAACUUCUGUUCAGGAAUAUCUCUCUUAAACUGCUGUACAAGUUUAUGAAGUUCAGCUUAACUUUAUUUGCCUUCAUUGAUGAAGUUCAGUUUAACUUGUAGAUAAAGUCUUGUUCAAUUUGAUCUCAAAUGUCUGGCCUUUUGUUCUCCACAGGAAUACAGAAGUGGUUUGCAGCUUGUCACCUUUUGGGCUGGUUUUCACCUGCUCAGUCUAAUUUAUAGCCCUGUAACCUAUGGCAAACUGAAUAUUGUUAUACAGAUAGACACGCAUAAAAGCUCUCCUUUCCAAUUAUUAACCAGACCUGAUUCUGAACCUAGAUAAGGGUAGCUAUUUAGUUUGUAUUAUCUAUAUUUUUAACCAUGGUUUUAUUAUCUUUUUAAAAAGAUGCUGUUGAUGUUGAAAAUAAAUCCUUAAAGAAACAUUCCCUUUACAUUUCUAAACCAGUUUUAUCAUAAGGUAGAAGAGAAGGAGAAAGUAGCAUUCUAGGCAGCCUAUUGAUCUAGUGGCUCUGGUAAUUCAGGGGGAAAUGAGCUGAGUUCUUCAGGAAAAAUACUAUGAUUUCUCUUUUCAUAUUCAGAGCAUUUAAUGUGCAUAAAUAUAGUAAAUUUCUCACUGUACAUCUGACCUUGUGUUCUGUAUACAAUAUUUUAAAAAAUGAAGAUCAGGCUCUGCUUUUAGAGACUGAGCAUAUGUUGAAAGUAAAGUCAUGAGCCAUUGUGAAACCGCCAGGAAAUACAAAUCGGACCCGGUUUAUUCAUACCCUGUAAUGAAGUGAGCAAGUGGGAGCUUUUCUUCUCUUGAAAAAUGAGAUCUCAUUUUAUUAAUCAUUUUGGUUCAGGAUCACUUUAUUUUCUUUCAGUGUUUUUUUUUUUUUCUCCUUUGGAAUAUGAGAAGCGCCUCAGUUUCUACUUACAAAUGUAUUUUGUAAAAAAACCAGCUGAUUUAUGUGUCCCAAUCACUUCCCUAAACUGACAAAGUUAAUCUUCAGAUUGUGAUGAUUCAUUUAGUAACCAUUUGAAGUUAUGAUUGCAUUGAAAUAGGUGACUUAAGACUAGUCCUCUUCAAUGGGAAUGCAUGUGGGCAAAGGAUUUAAAAUUUACAUUAAUUAUAACUUGAAAGAAUUUUUUAAUAAAAUGAUUAAUCAUUGAUAUUUAACACCUGAUAAAUUGUCAAAGAUGUAUGCUAGAAAUGUAAAAAGAAUUUUCUACCAUCUUUGGUGAACUUACGAUGAAGCAAAGAUAUACUGGGGAAAGAUUCAUAUUUUAAUAUAGAAGAUUCUUAAAAUGAAUAUAGAAAUAAAAGCAGAGACUUCUAGAUUUAAUGGACAAAGAACUUGAAAAAAAUGGAACAUAGUUGUUACACAUGUGGAUAGCAGUAAGAAUGCUUUAUGUUUACAAAUGGAAAGGUACAUUAAUUUCCAUAGUGGAAAAGUGGUUGGAAAAAUUAGAACAAGUAAAGAUGACCAAAUUAACAUUUUUAAUCAAAGAAAAGAAUAAAUCUAACUUGUUUCUAUCUGGAAACAGCUUCUGAAUUUUGUGCUUGCGAUAGAAAAAUAUAAAACUUUGACUUUGGGAUUUACUGAUUAGACAAGGUUUUCUUGUUAUAGCAAUGGCUGGUAUAUACUGAAUAUGCAAAGUAAAAAGUUGAAGCUAAGAUGUUGUUAUGACCAUUCUGCUGUGGUGAAUAGUUGGAAAAUACUGCUUUCUUCCUCCCUGCAGCUUACAUUUCUUUCUUUCCCCUUUUCUCCUUCCCCCUUUUCUCACUAUUUUCAUUUUCAUUUGUAUUUUAUACUGAGAUACAUUUAAUAAAAUAUUUUUAAAAGACCAGUCUUCCCACUUAUGACCAUCACAGCAUCCCCGCAGUAACAUGAUCAAAAUUUAAAUCAAUUCUUGAUGUACACCAAUAUCCAAAGUAGACACACUGUAAUUGUUAUGUGACAGUAACAUCUGUCAAUAGUUCAGCUGUUCCAGUUUUUUUCUGUCUAAUGGAGAAAUAGAUGCUUAGAAAAUUGUGCAAUAAAUAGCUUCCACAUAAAUAAACUUCUUUGCAGUUUAUGCUCUUGCUGAAACUAUCUCACAAUGAAGACUAACUACUGAGUGGCUAUAUUUAUACCAAAAUAACAUAGUGGCUUCAGAAGCCAUAGGCACCAGUCAAGAGUAUCAAAACUUUUUUUUCUUUGAUUUCCUUGGUAUGCUUAUAAAUGACCUUAUUUCUCUCAAUCUAACGGCUAGUUGAAAACUGAUGUACGCUGUGCAUUAUAUAGUAAUAUAUUUUUGUGAUUUACGAAAACAAUGUUAAUAUGUUCACAUAACACACUAUUAAGAUUCAUACAUCAUGCUGUGCCAGGGUUUUGUUGUUGUUUAGCUUUGAUUACCUUGUGGGAACUCGGCCAUUGUGGUUUAAAUAAUGCUUUAUAAUUUACUGAAUUAUGGUAACCCAGCCAAUUGUAUUUUUUCAAUAAACUAGUUAGCAAAUUACGAUUUAAUGUGGUAUGUGAAUCCAGUCACUAUUGACAUACCUGAUCUCUAAAAUUAAUUGUACCUGUUAUUUAAAUAUACCUGUGAAAUAUAUAGUUCUACAAGUAUCUAGUGAGUUAUAAGCAACAUUUCAUUAUUUAAAUGUAAUUUAUAAUUAUUGAGGUAGUGAUUGCUUAAGGCAAAUGUUAAUUUUAAGCAUAACAGAAGUAGGCCAACAUAAGUGAACUUGUAUAAAUUAUUCAAUAUAUUUGUUAAAAUUUUCUUCUUCGGGGUGUAUUGACUAACUUGGAGGGUCCAUCUUGUAAUGCAUUUGUUAUAAUUUCAAACUAUCUAAUGUUUAGCAAUUUCAUCCCUGAACUUCUCCAAUGAUGUCAUUGCUCCCUAUAAGAUGGGGAUUCAUCAUAUUGCACUGACAUGGUGCAAGUAUUAACAUGUACUUCUGUUCCUUUGUCACAUGGGGAAUUCUUGAGUGAGGUAACGAUAUUGCCUUUUGUAUUACUUGUAUUACUUUUGUAUUACUUUGUAUAGAUACCAUACUUUGCAUAGAUUUUAGUUCUGAAAUUAUAUGACCACCUCAAUAGGGCAAAUAUUUUUACUGGAGAAAAGUAAUGUUCUUACUUGAUUUAAUAAGGUGGCAAAGAAUGAAAGUCAGGAUUCAAAACAAAUACAUUGAACAGUUUAUAAGGAAAGUAGAGAACGGCUUCUGUAUAAAAACAGUAUAGUCUCUAGCUUUAUCAACUUCCCCAUUGCAUUUGUGAGGAAAAGAUAUAUUCUUCAUAUUAUCAUAAUAGUGUAAAAAUGAAAUUGGAUAUACUUAAAAAGUUAAAGUAACCUUUUUCAGUCUCGCGAUUUGUAUAUAAAAAAAAUUUUUUUUUUAAUGUAAGCAGCAAUUAUUGCUGUUAUUUAAAAAAUACAGUUUGCUCCCCACCCUUAUUCUGGAACCAAACCACCAGAGUCACUUUGGAUAGUAAGAUGGAUGGUGUAUAAAUGAAAUGAAUAAAUAAAUAAAUAAAACCCUGAUUAAUCUUA